GCUGCGAUUCAUCCUCCUCCUUGCAGUGCUCCUCUAGUGUCUUCAUGUCUGUGCCGCACCUCGGUGUUUGCUCACCACCUGUGAGUAGCUGCUCACCCAGGAGCUGCAUCACUGCGUUUCUGGGCAUUGGGGUUACAGAUGGAACCGUGGAGCCUGCUGCUGCUGGAGCUCUCGCAGCUGCUGCUGCUCGCCUUGGCGCUGGCCCUGCUGCUCGCGUCCCACCAGGGCAGCACGGCGCCCCGCCCCCGCGUGGAGCAGCUGCUGCUCACGUGGCUGCGAGCCGGCGGCGAGGGGUGGCGCGGCGCGUGGCUGCGAGCCCUCAACGCGCAGGUUUCUCCAUGCUCUGCCCUGCGCUUCAUCGAUCUUUCCAUGCAGCUGACGUCUCUCACACUCAGCUCAGCCCUGCCAGAGGAUACCAGGCUGCUGUUUUGGUGCUGUGUAGGGGGGAGUGCGGGGGAACUGCUCGUGUCUGAGCGGGGCCGGGAACCCCAACGCUUGAAACUGCUGCCAUUUCACAUUGAGGUGAGCGCCUGUGCGCAGGUGCUCGAGGAGGGACUGCAUAUUACUUGGUGCCUAGGCUCAGAGUCAAACUUAACCAUCAUGUGUGACCCCAAGGAAUCCGGCGUUUUAGCAGACAAGGCAAUGCGGCUCCUUCUCGAGUCUCGCCCAAGUCUCAUCGUGUCCGCUCUUGCCGCGUCGCCCAGCAGCAGCAGUAGCAUCUCCUCUCUCCCCAGCAUUGAUAAAUUCGUCCGUGACCAGGUGGCUCCACAGGCAUCGCCCGCACGGCCACCCCAAUGCUACACUCACGAGGAGCUGGUGUCACCGCUUUCAUCACCCCCCCUCCCUUCCUCCCGGCUCCAGUCGACUCCACCUGACUGCUCGUCCCAACUCUAUCCCUCGUCUCGUGUUCACCCUUCGUUGGCGAUCCACGCCGACAUGCAGGGCGACGUACAGGGCGAUACGCGAGGUGCGAGAGACUGGUCUUCGCGGGAGACGUGGAGAUUGUCUUCGGAGGCAUCCCAAACAGUAUCCGAGGACGGUUCCGAGAUGCACGAGACAGCACGAGUCGUGCAGAGACAAUGCAGGUGGGACUCUCCCCUGGGUCGUCAGGGAUCUCGGGCAUCCCCUCAGCCCUGGGGGAGCAGCUCACGGAGCCCGUCUCGGCCCUGGCGACACCGCUCGCAGAGCCCGUCCGGGAGGCUGCCCCACGCUCGGCCUCGACGCGCAUCGCUGCAUGUGGAGGAGGAGGAGCCACGGAGGCUACAGAAAUAUUACCCCCAGACUCCAUUCUCCUCCGGUACCCCCCUUGAUUAUGCCUGCGAAGUCAGCGACUGCAGGAGGAGUGGAUCGAGUGAGAGCGAUGGUGCCUGGCGUGGAGGCGAAAUGGUCAAGGGAUCACACAAGCAGUGUGGCUCUAAUGGUGUUGUCAUGGCAAAAGAGCCCAAACAGGAGAGGCUCCAUUCAUCUUCAACUCACCGUUAUGGGAGACAGUCCUCACGGGCCGGGGCCGGGACCAGGACCCUGGCGCGGAAUGGGACUGGGAUUGGGACUGUGACUCCAGCCCAAGCUGCAACUGGGGCUGGGGCUGAAGGUGGCACAAGGGAUGGACUUGUGGAUGGAGUUCAGGACUCAUUUGAGGAUUUCGUCGCUCGCUCUCGCCAUCCAGACGUCGUGCUCCAUCACAGCACCCCACGCUUAGCCUCCAUCGUCAUCAAGCGCCUCUCUAUGAGGCUCAAACAGUGACUAAGGCCAAUA